AUGUCGUUGGACACGUAUGAAGUGACACUUAUCCGCGAAGGCUUCGAAGAAGACGCUGGAAAUGGGUACAUUAAACGCCACUGUAAUACAGUUUUGGUCAGGGGUCCUAGUGGCAUUAUGCUUGUAAACCCUGGUUCACCUUGGGAUGGUCCGGAUUUGAUUGAAGCUCUCAAGAGGCACAGUGUACCGGACCUUUCAGCUGUCAAAUAUGUUGUAUGCACAGAUGGAAGAGCUUCUCAUGUCGGCUGUCUGAGUUUAUUCAGCAAUGCCGAGAUGAUUAUCGUUGGACAUGAUAUUCAAAAACGCGGGAAUCUGUUCGUACAGCACGAUUUCAUGGAUGGAUCUGUCCCAUUUGAGUUUGACGAGAAUUUAUCCGUUAUUGGAACACCUGGUUUGAUGGACCAGCAAGUUACCGUCAUUGUAAAGGGUAUUGUUACACCCCACAUAUCGUUCUCGGAUGAAACGUCAACACAACCUGUUUCCAUAGCUAUUACAGGCUCAAUUUUUAAUGAUGCUGACGAUGCCACUAGAACUGGCGUUUUCCACGGAAAUUUUGUCCCGGCUGACUAUGCUGGUGACUGUAAUUCAUCGCUCACAGUUUGGAGACGAAGUCGUGAUCGUCUGCUCGCUAAAUCAGAUUGGAUUUUCCCUGCUUUUGGUGGCGCUUUUAAAUGCACAAUGCUUUCGUCACUGCAUUAUAAAUUUGCAAAGAGCCUCAGGGAACCGGACUUGAGCAUCGUUUCGACUCUUGUAAAAGCUCUUGUCUUCAAAUUCGUCAAUCGUCCAAUGAAUCGUUCUUCCUUGAGAUUGACAUUUCUUCUUGCGCUAUUUUUUUUACAAUUCCUCUCCGACUCUUUUGUUGGAUAUGUCUUCAAUAUUCCGCAUCUCUUCCUCAUCACUACCAUACGGUUGGAUAGUUUGGCCUGCGAUUCGCAGUUUGUUGAAUUCAGUCGCCUCGAAUGCAUUCAAUUGUGCAAUGGUUUCCCAAACCUGUUCUCACGAUUACGAGAAGCCUGCUUUCAAUUGUUGCGGCCUUUUAUCAAAGCAGAUCGAGCAGAAGUUGUUCAUGCAAGUAUCGCCCACAUUCCACUUCGAAAUUCCAGUGUAGACGCUGCAUUUCACGUUGAAUCCGUCUACUUCUGGCCUUCCCUUCCAGAUGGUCUAAAUGAAAUUUUUCGAGUCCUCAAACCUGGUGGCGUAGUGGUAACCACAUUCAAUCCCCGCCUAAUAGAUCGUUAUGUUCGAUGGGGUUGGAUGCGGCUCGGCAGACCCGACCAGCUUGCCUAUGUAAUCGCUCUAGAAGAGCUUGGGUUUGAAAGUGUGGAGUGGAUCAAGAAUGACCCUAGAGCUCCACGAGGAGUUCAGUGUAUUCGAGCACGUAAACCUGCUUUAAGAUUGCUAACCUAG